CGACCUUCAUUUCUUACCAUACUCAAAAGUUCAAAUUGCUGUUUCCUUGCCUCUGCUGCGAUUGAGCCACAUCCCGAUUGAACUCGAACACGAUUUAUGCCUCGGCCGAUAGCACCCUCGCGUGCUUUUGUUGGGACCUUCACAGCAAAACCUCAAUCCUUCCCACCAUGUUGUCCUGAAUGCUUUCGACCAAUCUUAUCUCGUGGCUUUCACAACACCAAACGGAAAACGUACAAUGAUUCGCCGAAGAGGGAACAGUCUGCUGUUGCUGCUGCGGUAACAGCAGCGAAGCAAAUAUUCAAUGGCCCGCCACCAGCAGGACCACUGAGCAUUGAUCCAUUGAGGAGUGUUGCGAAAGAGAUGAAGUUUAUGACGGGGAAUAUACAGCAGUUGCUAGGCUCGGGACAUCCAAUGUUGGACACAGUGUCAAAGUACUACACACAAUCCGAGGGAAAAUAUGUCCGGCCAAUGCUUGUGCUACUCAUGUCGCAAGCAACCUCUUUACUGCCGAAACGACGGCGAACGAACAGCAGUGUCCAAGGUACAAUCGAUACACCUAUAUCGUCAUCUUCAGUGCUCAAUGAUGUCAAUCCCGAUACUUCACCGCUUUGCGCUGCGAGCGUUCAAGAGGCCGCAAGCGAUAGCUCCGUCCUGCCAACUCAACGACGAUUAGCAGAAAUCACCGAGCUCAUUCACACGGCCUCCUUACUACACGACGACGUGAUCGAUCACUCCGAAUCGCGGCGAGGGAACACAUCUGCAAACAUUGAAUUUGGUAAUAAGAUGGCAGUCUUGGCAGGCGAUUUUCUCUUGGGAAGAGCGUCUGUGGCAUUGGCACGACUACGUGACCCAGAAGUGACGGAGCUACUUGCGACAGUCAUUGCGAACCUUGUGGAGGGGGAAUUCAUGCAGUUGAAGAACACAGCAUUGGACGAGCGCAAUCCAUCGUGGAGUGAGGAUACUAUCACCUACUACUUGCAGAAGACGUACUUGAAGUCGGCAAGUUUGAUCAGCAAAUCAUGCCGAGCUGCUGCUCUGCUAGGCGAGCAUCCGGCGGAGGUUGUUGAGGCAGCCUACCAGUACGGCAAGAACCUCGGUCUUGCGUUUCAGCUGGUAGAUGACAUGCUCGACUAUACCGUGAGCGGGUCAGAGCUGGGUAAGCCAGCAGGUGCUGAUCUGGAACUUGGUCUUGCUACUGCACCUCUCCUUUUCGCCUGGAAGGAUAACCCGGAGCUCGGAGCCUUUGUAGGCCGUAAGUUCUCACAGGAGGGUGAUGUUCAAAGGGCGCGAGAUAUGGUCAUACAGAGUGAUGGCAUAGAGCAGACACGAGCUCUUGCACAAGACUACGUUGACAAGGCAGCGAGAGCGAUCUCCAGCUUCCCAGACAGCGAGGCCAAAGUCGGUCUUAUCGAUAUGUGCUCAAAAGUUAUGAAACGUAGAAAAUAGAGACGAACUUGGGCGAUCAUACACUCAAUCGAAUGAGAGCAUUCGUGCACCCACAGAAGGUGUUGCGGCGAGCGCGGCGUUGUGGAGUAUUCCAGCGAAUAUACGAUAUGUCCUGGUCGAAGGCCGACCACGUAUAGCGAUAUGUACUGUACAUAAGAUGUCUGUGUGCUAUAGCCAGCCCACUCUGAAAAAAAGUGGCUUCAAUAUUU